UUGUCGCGACAUUAAUCAUCGGCUAUUAUACUUAUAAAUGGAUAAUUUAUCCAUUAUAUUUAUCGCCUUUGUCUAAACUUCCUGGCCCUCCUCCUGACCAUUUUCUGUUAGGAAGUUUCUUGAAAAUAUCUAAACCUAUGAGUGGAGUGGAUUGGGCAGAAAAAUAUGGAAAUAUAUAUAAGGUUCAUGGAUUAUUCAAUCAACCAAGGGUUUAUAUUCUUGACGAAAAAAAUAUUCAAAAAAUACUUGUUACUGAUUCAUAUACUAAAUUUAGUAAAAGAAAGGAUAUUCUGGGAUUUUUAAAGAGGAUUGUUGGAGAAGGUAUUGCGGUGGUAAAUGGUGAUGUACACAAGAGACAACGUAAACUGAUGAAUCCAUCAUUCGGUCUUAAUAGUAUUAGGGUAAAUAAAAAUAUUUGUAUUUACAUUAACAGCGGAGCAUCUUUGGAUGUUAUUGGCUUAACUGGGUUUGAUUCUGAAAUAAAUUCUUUGACAGGAACAUCAAGACUUGCAGACUCAUUAGGUGCUCUUUUUGAUAAUAAACAUGGGUUAAUGUUUAAUUCAGUAUCAUCUAUUUUUCCCAUAUUGAAAUCGCUGCCAUUAAAAAUAAAUCAAGAUAUCAAAAACGCUUCGUUUGAAAUUGAAAAAAUUACAAGGAAAUUGGUUCAAGAUAAAUUUGAUAAAUUGAAAGAAGGUAAAUUAGAUAGCAAUGAUUUGGUAAGUGUUUUGGUGAAAGCUAGUUAUGGACAGGAAAUAGAUCCAAGUGAACAAAUGAGUUUUGAAGAAAUAAGAAAUCAGAUUAUGACAUUUUUGAUAGCAGGACAUGAGACAACCGGAGUUUUGAUGACUUGGGCAUUGUAUUAUUUGUCCAAAGAUCAAGAAAUUCAGGACAAACUCAGAGAAGAGAUUAUUAAAGAAUUUCCUAAUAAAGAUUCUGAGCUAAAUUUUGAUCAAAUCAAUUCCAUGGAAUAUUUAAAUGCAGUUUGUAAAGAAAUACUCAGAAUUACCCCUCCAGCUGUGACUCGUUCAACAAAUGAAGAUGUCAUGAUUGAUGAAUAUCUUAUUCCAAAGGGCACGCCAAUUUUCAUACCAUUCUAUCAAAUUCAUCAUUUGGCAUCAAUUUGGGGUGAUGAUGUUGAAAAAUUUAAUCCAUCACGUUGGUUUACAGAAAAAGUCAAAGGUCUUUCUCAUUACAAUUAUCUACCAUUUUCAGCUGGGCCAAAAUCAUGUAUUGGUAGUAAGCUUGCAUUAAAUGAAGCGAAAAUUAUCUUGUGCAAUUUAUUAAGAAACUUCCAGUUCCAUGAAGUUGAAGGUUUCAAAGUUGCAUCUAAAAUUACUAUUACUCUUAGACCUGAUCCUACUGUGAAGUUGUGG